AUGGCCAAAUACGUUCCCCCUAUUUCCUAAUCAAAUGUUCAAGUUGUUCCAUAGGUAUAACCUGUGAUCUAUCAAUCAGUUGUACCCGUUUAAGUUUAGCCCCUUUACUAAUCCUACGUCAGUUAUCCUACUUACUCCUACGUUAAGCAAUAGCCAUAAGUCUAAACCGCUCAAAUUCCUGCUUAAUAGUAACAAUAUUAAUCAGUUGGAUCUACUUAACCUUCCGUCGCUUAUCAAGCAGCUGAAAGCUAAAUAAAGGCUCCUCUUAGAGGUUCUUCCAGAAUUGAAUAUAUUCCUUAUUAAAGAAAGGUCAUUGACUAUGAAUAAUAGGUAUAAACUCAAAUUGUUCCUAAGGAAAGAUAUGUAACUGAUUAUUAUGCUGUUGAACAUACUACUAACUACGUUCCUUAAACUUACUACGACUCUUACGUUGAUUACGUUCCUGUAACAAGAUACAAAGAAAGAACUGAAUAUUAUCCAGUUGAAAGUAGCAGAACUGUCAUUAACCGUCUUUGA